UGCUGAAUACCUACAUAGUCAUCAGCAUCGUUUUGAGUUGAGGACUGUGCGGCUUCAGCAGUAGGCGUGCCAGAAUCUUGCCUUCCUUUUGUGAGGUAGCGAGACCGGUAGACAAGCAGUCUAGCAUGGCGGCAGUUCGCAGCUUACGAGUGUCCGUCAAGCCAGAAAGCGCAUCGGAAUCAGAUGCAGAAUCAGACUCGGAUAGGGAUACUCGUGACCCCGAGCCCAUGGAGGUUGAGGAGCAACUGGAAACUAUUCCUGUACGCCGUUCUCUCAAGGAACUGUUGCCGGAUACCAGCCGAAGGUAUGAAAAUAAGGCUGGCACUUUCAUCACUGGGAUAGAUGUCACUUCAAAGGAGGCAGUGGAGAAAAAGGAGAAGAGAGCAAAGCGCUUCCAUUUCCUUCCAGAUGUUAACAUAGCUCAGCGAACUGUUGUGCUGGACAAGGAGAUGUUGAAGAAAGCCAUUCCAAAUCUUCGAUUGGAGGCUUUGUAUGUAGCUGGGGUGGAUGACAUGAGCACCAAAGAUAUAUUUGGAUUUUUUAAGGAGUAUCCCCCAGCCCAUAUCGAAUGGAUCGAUGACCAAUCCUGCAAUGUUGUGUGGCUUGAUGAUGUCACGUCCAGCCGCGUUCUCCUCAACACGAGCCACAUGCCUGACCCAGAAGAGACAGCGAAAAGAAGCCAGACCAAACAUGAUGACCCUGAGGAGCACAAAGCCCGCCGUAGGCGUGAGUCAAAUGAGGUGGAGGAGGAGGAGGACGAUGAUGAUGACGACGACGAUGUGGAGGAAGGUGAAGUGGUUGACGAGCAGGAAACUGUGAAAGGAGACAAGAGCAGUGAAGAGAGCGAUGGAAAGGCCAGCGACAGUGAGGAGGAGACAGAGAAGAAGCCAGUGCCAGAGAACUCUGAGGCAGAUGUGCUUUCUCCAGUGGAAAGAGAUUCACUUUUGCGCAAUGACUUGCGUCCUGCGAGCAAAGGCUUCAAAGGAAAUGAGCUGUUUUUAAGGUUCGCCACUCAAGAUGACAAGAAAGAGCUUGGUGCUGCCAGACGAAGCCGGUAUUACAUGAAAUAUGGCAACCCAAACUAUGGCGGCAUGAGAGGCAUUCUUAGUAAUUCUUGGAAGCGCAGAUACCACAACAAGAGAAUACAGAGAGACGUUCUGAAGACCAAAAAAACCCUUAUAGGGGACAGCAUGGGACAUACACCACCCUAUACACACAGGCACUCUGCUGACCUGGUGAAUUUACCAGAGGAACCCAUAGAAGAGGAGGAAGAGGAGGAGGAAGAGGAAGGCGAGGUGGACAUGGACGCAGAUGAUCGCGUGGUUGAGUACCGCAUGGAGCGGGAACGGGAGAGGGAGAGGAACCUGCGCAUUACAGGGUUAGGGGGCUCGCGCAGUCGCCCCGAAGGCCCCUCCUCGAAUGCCUCUUCUGAUUCGGACGAGAUGGACUAUGACCUGGAGCUGAAGAUGAUCUCCACACCAUCACCAAAGAAGAGCAUGAAGAUGACCAUGUAUGCAGAUGAAGUGGAGUCCAACCUGAAGACCAUACGACAAUCUAGUUCAGGCAGUAGUGUACGGAGCAGGGUUUGGAGUGGAGCAGGAGACCGGACCAAAUCUGCAGGGGAAAAGGUGACUGAUGUUCGGCAGCUUCUGGAGGAGAAGAAGAGACAGCAGCAGAAACCACAGGCUGCAGCGGCCUCAAGUGGCAAGACAGACAUGAGGCAGAGGCUGGGAAAGAGGCGACAUUCCCCAGAUAGGCGACAUUCCCCAGAUCGACGACAUUCCCCAGAUCGACGACAUUCCCCAGAUCGACGCCGUUCUCUGUCACCGCCUCGGAGGAGCCCGUCUCCUCGUCAUGAGCCUGUUUCGGAUGUGCACAGCCGACUGGGAGUGGCCAAACAAGACGCCCGAAACCUGUACCCCGAGUCGGCCAAAGACAAGAAAAGUGGAGGCCUUUGGAGUCGUUUGGGCCCAUCUCACGACGGUGACCAGAGAUCUACAGGCCCGGCUGGAAGGGCGACCUCCUCCAGCUCUCGGAGUAUCCAAAAGCAAGGCAAACGUGAAUCAGACGAUGAGGUGGAGGAAGAGGACGACUCUCAACUGCAGAAGAUGUGGGGCGCCAUGAUCAAGGAGAAGGAGCAACAGUCCAACAAGAUGAAGAAGAGCCGACUGGACAACCUGCCCUCGCUGCAGAUCGAGAUCAGCCGAGACAGUAGUAACGGCUCGGACAGUGACUCUUGACUCUGUGUUCGUGUGUGUGUGUGCGUGAUGUUUUAUCGUCCGGCUCAUAAGUGGCUGGGAUUGUGCUCUGAAAAGGACAAUGUAAUUUAUCAGAAGGCCAUUUUAACUGCCUGUGCAGGUCGUGUUGCAUACCAUGGGACCUAGAGCUCUAAUUUUUUUUUGUUAUAAACAAAGAUAGUUGAGUCAUAAUUGUCAGGGGAUCAAAUUUUGGUCAGCAGCCUGACAUUUUUUUAAAUGUCAUAAUUCUGUUGACCUGUUACAUACUAUGAAAUGUGUUUCGAAUAAUUUUUUGUAUUGAGGCCUGACAUUUUUUUGUUUUGGUUUCCCCUCACACUCUACCAUGCUCUUAAAGAGUUCAUGACUCAUGCUUUUCUAUGGCUGUGGUGCUAGAAUGUUGAGACAAUGAGUGAAUAUUGUGGAAACUGUUUGUUUCUAUCUGGCUGUGUAGUCAGCCAAUUAUUUGUUUGCUUAGAUAAAAGUCUGACAUUACAUUGAGCCCCUUCGUAUUGUUGCAUAUGGCUUCAAUUUCGGUGUAAAAAAAAAAAAAGCACAUACAACUGUAAUAAUUUAUCAAGAUGCCUCUACUACUCUGGCACCACCCAGUGAAACCCUGAACUUUUUUGUAUUCAUUCAUUUAAUUAAUUCGUUCGUUUAUGCAGGCAGUUACUGACUGGAUAGUCUGGGUUGGAACUUGCGCUGGUUGACUGAAAUUGACUUACGAGAUUGCACGGAUUUGUUGACCCCACCCUAAAUAUCAGUGUGUUUUCUUGAAUAAUUUUUGUAUUAUUCUCAAGUCUUCUCCUGACAACUUGUUUUGCUGCUGAUAAAGUAUUCAGAAAUGAA